AUGUUCCGGGCCGGGUGCGUCCUCCGCGCCCUGCGCUCCUGCUCUACGGCGCCCUGUGGGAGUCACAAGCCUUCCGCCAAACUGAGCGUGCGGGACGCUCUGCGGGCGCAGAACGCGAGUGGGGAGCGCGUUAAGGUCCAGGGGUGGAUCCGUUCGGUUCGAUCUCAGAAGGAAGUCUUGUUCCUGCAUGUAAAUGACGGGUCGUCUCUGGAAAACCUUCAAGUUGUUGCAGAUUCAAGCUUUGACAAUAAAGAACUGACUUUCGGGAGUUCUGUGGAAGUUCAAGGACAGCUGGUGGACAGUCCAUACAAGAGGCAAAAUGUGGAACUGAAGGCAGAAAAAAUUGAGGUUGUUGGGAGUUGUGAUCCUAAGAAUUUCCCUUUUAAAUACAAAGAGAGGAAUCCUCUGGAAUAUGUGAGGCAAUACCCACACCUUCGCUGCAGAACGAAUGUUGUGGGCGCUGUACUGAGGGUUCGCAGUGAGGCCACGGCUGCCAUUCAUGCUUUCUUUAAGGACAAUGGCUUUAUACAUAUUCAUACCCCAAUAAUAACAUCCAAUGACUGUGAAGGGGCUGGAGAACUGUUUCAAGUCGAACCUUCAAGCAAGAUGAAAGAUUCCAAGGAGAAUUUCUUCAAUGUUCCUGCUUUCUUAACUGUCUCAGGACAGCUUCAUCUAGAAGUGAUGUCAGGAGCUUUUACUCAAGUGUUUACCUUUGGCCCAACGUUCCGAGCUGAGAAUUCUCAGAGCCGGAGACACCUGGCAGAGUUUUAUAUGGUAGAAGCAGAAAUGUCUUUCGUUGAGAGCCUGCAAGAGAUCAUUCAGGUUAUGGAGAGGCUUUUCAAGACUACCACAACGAUGGUUCUCUCAAAUUGUCCAGAAGAUGUGGAACUCUGUCACAAGUUCAUUGCUCCUGGACAAAAGGAUAGAUUAGAACAUAUGCUGAAAAACAACUUUUUAAUUAUAUCUUACACGGAAGCUGUGGAGAUCUUACAGCGGGCAUCCCAGAACUUCACCUUCACCCCUGAGGUGGGNNNNGACCUUCACUCCGAGCAUGAAAAGUACCUGGUGAAGCACUGUGGCAGCAUACCCGUCUUUGUCGUUAAUUAUCCAUUAGAGCUCAAGCCUUUCUACAUGAGGGACAAUGAAGACGGCCCUCGGCGCACGGUUGCUGCCGUUGAUCUUCUGGUCCCUGAAGUUGGGGAGCUCUUUGGAGGAAGCCUCAGAGAGGAACGGUGCCGCUUCCUGGAGCAGCAGCUGGCCAGAUCGGGACUGACAGACACCUACCAAUGGUAUCUGGACCUUCGUCGCUUUGGCUCUGUACCACAUGGAGGUUUUGGGAUGGGAUUUGAACGCUACCUGCAGUGCAUCUUGGGAGUGGACAAUAUCAAAGAUGUUAUCCCUUUUCCCCGGUUUACGCAUUCGUGCCUUUUAUAGCUGGAGGCGUGAUGGUGGACAGUCGCCCUGUGGUGGAGGCUCUGGUCAUGAGUACGUGUGCAGCAGACAAAUGCAGGCGGUCUUGCCUUAAAAUGCAGCAUAUAGAAACUAGAAAUUACCGUGGCAUUUUGGAGAAAGGUGAAGGCACUUCAUGGAAAGAUGAUCACCCCCAAGAAGAGGUACUUAGAGCAAAUGGAACCUGAAAUCUAUGACCUCCCUGAAGAAGCAACGCAGACAUUGAACGGAAUGGCUUCAAAGCCCCUUUCACACCCUAAGACGGGGUGAGACGGUGUUUUCAGUUCUGUCUUUAAUCAUUGGAUCACUGCCCUUGUGUAACCUUGGAAAAAUCCAUGUCUUAAAAAUAAAAUUUUUGUUGGCUCUUUUACCCUGGCCUCUUAACUUGUGACUAACUGCCAUUUUGUCCCCAGUGCCUUACUAAGCAUUGCAGAAGAAAACAUUCCUUACUAGGAUUUUAUCCAACUGUGUUGGGAUGUGAUAAAAUCGCUCCAAGAAUGGAAAUUUUCAAGUUAGCUGAAAAUAUCAUUGAAUGCCACUUAAUGAAUAUCACUUAAUAAAAUAUAUUUUAACAACUACUGUCUCUUAAUUAGAGUUCCCAGGUGGUGCCAACGCUUUGUACUCAACGACUGGCCCGACGGUUGGUGUUGCAAACCCACCCAGAGGGCACGUGCCACCGGAGAAAGCCCUGGCAGCCUGCUUCUGUGAAGCUGAGACCCCAGAAAGCUCCAUGGCGUGGUUGCAUCCCGGCACAUAGGAGGCACUGGGAGGCAGACUCUGAGCUCGGCAGCUGCGGGGGUGGGUCUUCAUCUGGUUCUGGACCUGUAAGUGCCAAUGCCAACCAUGUAUUCGUGGUUUCAGCACUUUAAUCAUGGUUUUCUUCUAAUUUCGUGUUUAUUAGACAUAACUUAUCUAAUGUCAAUAAAUUAGAUUUUUAAUUGUUACUCUGGGGAAGAAAGCAGCAAUUAUAUCUCUAAUUGCCUCUGGCCCUGUCCCCGUGAAAUUUGGGGGAAAGGGUAUUUUCAGCCCAGGGGGAGGACGUCUCUUCCUCACGGUAACGGACUUAAACCCGGAUGAUGGGUUGUUCCGGAGGGAGGCAUGGUAAAGUGAGCCGGGCUUGAGGCCUGACACUGAACAUGUAAGCCGCUGACUCCCAUAGGAGCAAGUGUUCCCUUCCUCAGAGUUGAUAUGCAACAAUAUAUAUGUACAUUUCUGUGUGUUUACAUUUAUGAAAUGCAACACAAGCUUUUAAAACACUCUUCUAGUCUACAUUGAGUUGCAUUUUAUACUUCAGCAGAAUUUUAGUGUGUCAAACAGUUGAAAAGGGCAUGCAUGCCUAAACAAUCAAGUUUCCUGGGCCCAUCAGUUGACUCCUCUUAGGUGAUUUCUAAUGAGUUUGCAUCUGUACUCUUAUUUGUAACGUAAAUGAAAACCCAGCAUCCGGAAGGAAAGGAACUGCAGAACCUAAGACUUGGGAGACACUUGGCAGGUUACUGCGGUCAACUUCCCUCCUAAGGCUCAGGGGUGCCUAUGUUCUUGGACUCCCAUUCUCUAGAGCAGUGGUUUUCAACCUUCCUAAUACCUCGACCCCUGAAUACAGUUCCUCAUGUUGU